CGAAAGAAUGAUUAUCACAAUUACCAAUUUAUCAUAAAAUCGAUAAGCUCUUCCAUAUUUUGAAAUAUUUGAUUACGUCAUAUUUUCCGACUAUAGAUGCUCCCCAUUGUAUUACUGCGGUACGCACAUAUAGAUAAUGAUAUAAAGAAUUCGUUUUCGCUUCGUUACUUUUGUUUUAUCAAAAAAAGCACCUUAAACUGUGUAAUUGUCACAAUCAUAAGAUAAAGAUAUUGCUAAAAUGAUAACAGCCGAAAAAAAAAGUCUAAAGAGUGAGGUAUAACUGGAGUUACAAUAAUAUUCUUCUAGUCGAUCAACUCGUUUUAAAACGAAUUUACUUGCGAGUUAAUCAAACCAUGAAAUGGAAAAUAGUGGUGACAAAGUUCAUGAGUUCAAUUCAAAUCGAUAUGAAGUAUUCCGAACGGAAGCAAAACCAUCAGAAUGCAUCGAAAUAAAAUCUGUAAAAUGGAAGUAUUUUGCCUGUGCUUUGUUCAUCAAUAUGAUUCUUUCGUGCCCUGUUUACAUUUAUGGUUUAUGCCUAGCUCAAAGACCGGAUGAUUACGAUGUUUUGGCACCAAUUGUAUUUAACAGUGUUUACCUGAUGCUAACACCACAGUUCUUUAAGUCCUAUUCGAUGAUCCACCGAUUGAGCGACAGAAUGGGUAUAGUGCUUGGAGUUUUUAUUGCCGGUGCAGGCAUCACAUUCAAUGGAUUCGUGUUGUCAUCAUCAGAUCCAUACUAUCUUAUCGGUACAAUUUUUUAUGGGGGACUAGGAGGAUUCGGUACCUGUCUCACGAUGGCAAAGGUGUGGCAUGCGCUGCACCAAAUGUAUCAAUUUGAAAAUCUACAUUGGAUCAAUGCAGUUUAUUCAACCGGCCAAUCACUUUGUCAGUUUAUAUUCCCAUACACUUUUAACGCUUUCAUCAAUGCCUAUGGAUCUCAUUCAGCUAUUAUCUUGAUGGGAUCUGUUGUAUUGAAUGCACUUCCUCUUUGUCUGAUUAUUACUCAAAGUAAUGGACGGCACAGAUCAUCGGUAGAUUGUAGCUUGAGGAAGAAUUCAGAAACUCCGACCGAUCGUUACAAUGAAAUGCCAGGUUAUUUUGAGAAUUUGGAAAUGGAAAUUGAAAGUGAUCCGCAAGAGAAAAGUACUGAUGAAGCUAUAACCCGACCAUUUUGGCAAAAUCCGGGAAAACAAUUCGACUUCAUCGAUGGUAAAAUGAUUAAUUCCUUUGGCGUUGAAAUUAUGGACAUUAUUGAAGAGGAAAGUGAAGAAGAUCUGGACAAUCGUUCGAUUAGUAACAUAUUAGUUCAGCGAUGUGAGUUAAUUACCAUUCCGAAAACGGGCAGGUUUGAAGAAAUGAAGCACUGGAUAUUGUACCGAUCUCGUCAUUUGACGGACGUUUUUUAUCAGCGUGUAAUUCAUCAUGUCCAAAGAGCUUUCAGAACGAGUAACUUUCUACCGCUGAUUUUGCUGAAAUCAUCCGACAUUUAUUCGUACGUUCUGUGCGUCACAGUUCUGCCAACAAUCGCAAUAACUCAAUACGGCCUAGAUUCAAAUGAAAUACCAUUUUUGAUAUCUUCAUUGGCAUUCCCAUGGGUAGUUGUGGCCGUAUCGACGCCAUUUCAAGGAAAAGCGUUCAAAGAUAAUCAGAAGCAAAUUUUCGUACUCAGCGGUCUACUGAAAAUUGUUGGGCUAUUUUGUAUCCUCAUCUCAACAUCGAAAAUUCUCUUAACCCUAUCUUCAGCACUGAUCGGAUUCUCUCAAGGAACAUCGUUUUUUCUGCAGGAUGAAAUAAUUCGAUCGGCUUUCUCACAAACCGAAUGGAAGUACCUACGAUCGUCGGUGUAUUUUUUUACUGGUUUCUUACUGCUAAUAUUUGGCAUAGUUUUACAUUUAGGCUUUAGAACAUUUGUAGAUUGUAUAAGUUUUAGUUUAGGUUUAUUUACGAUUUCGUUUGUUUGUUGGAUUUUGUUUCCACACAUUCGCAAUGUGUGGGUUUCGUUUCAAAAAGCUAGAAAAUAAUACUGAAUACAAACUCAUACAAUGUU